GGAGUCGCGCACGCGCAGUCCCGGCCCCGGGUCGCCACUCCAGCCCCUCACCGCUGCCGGGGGACCCGGUUACCUUGGCCCCUUCGCGCUGCCGUCUUUUCCGGCAGUUGGGGAGUUUCCUGUUGUCCUCACCCGCAACCGCUGCUCGGCCGCUACCUCAGAGCCCCUCGCGCGUCCGCGCCCCUCUCUGGCCGCUGGCUGCCGCCGCCGGGGCUUCGCCUGUCUGCACGUCGAGACCGCUGGCCGGGCGGGCGUCUGCGGCUGUCCGCCGGCCACGGCCCUGCCUCCCCCGGGGCUCUGCAGCCAUGGCAAUGACAGGCUCAACACCUUGCUCAUCUAUGAGUAAUCAUACAAAGGAAAGGGUGACAAUGACCAAAGUGACAUUGGAGAAUUUUUAUAGUAACCUUAUCGCUCAACAUGAAGAACGAGAAAUGAGACAAAAGAAGUUAGAAAAAGUGAUGGAAGAAGAGGGCCUGAAAGAUGAAGAGAAACGGCUCAGGAGAUCAGCGCAUGCUCGGAAGGAGACUGAGUUUCUGCGUUUGAAGAGAACAAGACUUGGAUUGGAAGAUUUUGAGUCCUUAAAAGUCAUAGGCAGAGGAGCGUUUGGUGAGGUGCGGCUUGUUCAAAAGAAAGAUACGGGGCACGUGUAUGCCAUGAAAAUCCUCCGUAAAGCAGAUAUGCUUGAAAAAGAGCAGGUUGGCCACAUUCGUGCGGAGCGCGACAUUCUAGUGGAGGCAGACAGUUUGUGGGUUGUGAAAAUGUUCUAUAGUUUUCAGGAUAAGCUAAACCUCUACCUAAUCAUGGAGUUCCUGCCUGGAGGAGACAUGAUGACCUUGUUAAUGAAAAAAGACACUCUGACAGAAGAGGAGACUCAGUUUUAUAUAGCAGAAACAGUGUUAGCCAUAGACUCCAUUCACCAGCUUGGAUUCAUCCACAGAGACAUAAAACCAGACAACCUUCUCCUGGACAGCAAGGGCCAUGUGAAACUCUCUGACUUUGGUCUUUGCACAGGACUGAAAAAAGCACAUAGGACAGAAUUUUACAGGAAUCUGAACCACAGCCUGCCCAGUGAUUUCACAUUCCAGAAUAUGAAUUCCAAGAGGAAAGCAGAAACCUGGAAAAGAAAUAGACGUCAACUAGCCUUCUCCACAGUAGGCACUCCUGACUACAUUGCUCCCGAGGUGUUCAUGCAGACCGGGUACAACAAGCUCUGUGAUUGGUGGUCGCUUGGGGUGAUCAUGUAUGAGAUGCUCAUCGGCUACCCACCUUUCUGUUCUGAGACCCCUCAGGAGACGUACAAGAAGGUGAUGAACUGGAAAGAAACCUUGACUUUUCCUCCAGAAGUUCCCAUCUCUGAGAAAGCCAAGGAUCUAAUUUUGAGAUUCUGCUGUGAGUGGGAACACAGAAUUGGAGCACCAGGAGUUGAGGAAAUCAAAUGUAAUUCUUUUUUUGAAGGCGUUGACUGGGAACACAUCAGGGAGCGACCUGCUGCGAUAUCUAUUGAAAUCAAAAGCAUUGACGAUACCUCAAAUUUCGACGAGUUUCCAGAAUCUGAUAUCCUUAAACCAACAGUGGCCACCAGUAACCACCCUGAGACCGACUACAAGAACAAAGACUGGGUCUUCAUCAAUUACACCUACAAGCGCUUCGAGGGCCUGACUGCAAGGGGGGCCAUCCCUUCCUACAUGAAAGCAGCGAAGUAGCCCUGGGCCCGGGGGCCCGGGGGGCGCAGAGCUCUCGGUACAACGUCGUGGUGUCCUCCCACACUCUAGAAAGAGCUUCCGUGAAGCGGCCAAAGCCCAUUGGUGUACAUAGCAAAGCUCCUGCGAGGUGAUCCUGCCGUGUCAGCCACACACAGCCGUCCUGCUUCAGCGCCGCCCUGGGCCGGCCGAGCGGUGCGCAGGAGCCUGGAGUUCCCUGAGUGCGUCAGGAUGCGGGGGAAGCACCGUCCUCCACCACGAUCAGCGUCGUGGGUUCUCGUGGGGUGUCAGCCAGUCCUGGGGCGCUGCGACAGCGCUGUUGCCAAGCCCGCCGAGUAUUUCCCUUUGUGUGUAGCUAAAGUUCCACAGUUCUAAGAAAAUAAAGCAAUGGUGAAGGUCUUAGCAGCCAGCACCCUGGCUGAAGGUGGCCCGCCAGCCUGAGGCUGAUGGCGGUGGCUUCCCGCCCGCGUUGGCCGUGGGCGAGUGGCCGUUUCAGCCUGAGUUCAUGGUGCACUUUAUUUAUGGUACUAGGAUCAAGACAUUCAGUCCACCCGUGUAGCUCCCAGCUACACUCGUGCUUUUCUGAAUGUCGGGUCGGGGGGCACCAGCCCCAUCCGCCGUUGCUCUUCCAAGGCCCCUGCUGCCAGUGGGCGUUGUCAAGGAGCCCGGGUCGCGUGGGAACUCGCGCUUCCAGAAAAUCCCCAUGGUGGGUGUUGCCCUGCAGGUGCUACCCACAGGAGCCCGGUCGGUCCCCAGGCACACGGCCAAGACAGCCCGGGCAGGGCACAGGUGCUGCUCCUGCUCCCAUGACGUCCUCAGAGGGAACAGCCCGUGGGAAGUCAGAUCCAGCCAGCGGGUCCUGGAGAGUUCACGCCUCGAGCCCCGGGCAGCUCACUGUCUCCCGCUCUCUCCUCUCGGUGUUUCUCCUCUCCCAACUUGAAGUAGCCAUUUUGCCUUGGAAUCACGACCACAGAGUUCUCCUUUGCAGGUGCCUUCCCGGGGACAGCCCUCCAUGACGGGUUGCCCGCAGCCGUGCUGCUGUCUCCAGAGAGACCCUCUGGAUGUAGCACGAAGUGCCUUCUCUCACAGCUGCCACCGCCUUCGGAGGAAUUCUGCGUCAGGAACACGUGCAGGCUCCUUAUUGACGCAUGAUUACUUUUUUAAAAAAAGUUUUGCUAACUGAAAACAUUUUGUUUGCACCUGUGUGGUCGCUUUGCCCGUCGCGAGCGUCCUGGCCAAGCUGUAGCAGGUGACCGCCUUCUGCCAGCCUCGAGGGUGCGAGAAUCAGCUUUGAAAGGAAAGCAUCUCCCAGCCAUUCCAAAAGAGAAAUGGGGGAGCGGCAGUUCGAGUUGUAAGUGAACUGGCUUUGGGUUUUCACGUUGGAGGAGGAAGAACGAAUGCUGGGGAAGUCGGCUGUGGACGGAGGGAACGUGUCUGCCCCUUCACCUUGCGUUCAUGGCCUGUUGUGAGAGGAAGCGAGAUUCUGCUGUGGUCCUCUGCCGCCUCGUGGUCUUAGCGGACGGCGGGGCUUUGAGCCCGAGGUCUCGCAGGAACAGGAAUGGGAGGCAGCAACGAGGGUGUGGUGGUGCGCAUGCGGGAGCGGCCCUAGGGGAGAUACCCACGUUUAACUUGGAAACUUCUCAAUAAACGGUGUGCAACAGUG